AUGCUUCGUCUCACAGCUUUGGUGCCGGCUCUCGCCGCUCUAGCUGCUGCCCACUCGUCUUAUGGCAGCGCACCGCCCUCCUCCUCGCCCACUCCAAGCAGCUACCCUGUGCCGAAGUAUGGCGGCGCGCUUCCCAACUAUGGUGCACCUCAGUGCUUGGAAUCUGCGACCAUAAACGCGCCGGUCAAGGAUUGCGCUGGCACCUAUACUUUCCUCGGCUCCAAACUUUUCAAGGAAGGAGCAUUCGAUCCUGCCCGAUGCGCCGCUGCCUGCGAUGCCAACACCAAGUGCGCUGCAUUUGGUACUUACAUUUUGACUACCACCGACAGGUCCGGUGCCUCAACAGUACAGGGCCAGAAGUGUGCCUUCUACACUUCGUACUGGGACGGAAAGAAGUACGGCAAGAACACUGGCACCUACAACGACAGCGCCGGUACGAAAAACACUUUCAGCUCCAGCUUCUUCUACAGUCGUGCAGACCGACAGCCCAUUUGCAAGAUCGACACCUGUGUCGCGCCGCCAGUCGUCCCUGGCUACAAGGACUUUACCCCAAUCUUUGGUACCUGGGAGAACGGCGAGAUCGGUAUCAACAAUGGAGUAGUUGGAUAUGGUGUUUCGUCAGAUAUUGAAUUGCCUUUCUCUGUCGGUAUCGGAGGACAGCUUGGUUCUACGGUCACUGUCGGUGUCGAUGGUUACAUAAAUAUUGCCGGCAAUACCCUUAACGCCUUCACGGGCCAGGGAGGCGGAUUGUACCUCUACGGCGGAGUUCCCAACGGCGACGAUGGUCUCUUCUACCGCGUCGCUGGUGUUCCCGGAGCUCGCACUGUGGUCUUCUCAUGGUACGCUGGUACACUCAACUUUGGUCACAACCAGAACCAUUUCACCGUCACGCUGUUCGAGAACCUUCCGGGCUACGUGCAGUACAAGUACUACGACAUCAUCGAGGACCCCUACCCGAAUGCUCUGGUCGCUGUCCAAAUCGGCGGGUCUGCGAAAGUCUUGCUCCCGGCCCAAGUCACAGUCGCUGUCGGUACACAGGUUUCAAUCUAUGCUCCUGGCUCGCUGGACUCCGUGAAAUACCAAACAGCGCUAUUCAACCGUGUCGACUGCUGCACCACCAACACUUUCCACAAGUGGCACGUCUGUACCGAGUUCCAACCGCCUGUUCCCGACAGCCUUGCUCCGGCUCAUGCAUAG